GCGGGAAGGUCGUUGAGAGAACUACAGAUGAAUGUAUCCUUGAAGAAGACUUCAGCGACGUCCACGCUGGAGUCACCUUGCUUUCCCCUGCUCUCAGCAUCAGUGAAUAAAUUCCUCGUUCUCUCAGGGAUGCUUGUCUUCAUCAUACAGUGCUUGCUGGGUAAUUGAUCUACUGGUGUGGGUCGUAUCCUAAAUGAGCUCUGUUGCUGAGAUGGCACAUAAAGAGUGAGGAAUCUCCACAUAUAGUGAAUACGGACUGCUUUGUCAGACAGAAUUAGGGAGGAGGGUUUUUCAUUGAUGUACAAAGAGUGAAAUUGUAAACAGAUCAUCAUAGUUAUUUGAUCUGGUACACUUGGAGAUAUAAGUGACAGAUCAGCAUUGAAGAAAAUAGUACAUAUCAGAAGCAAGAUGAGCGAGGUAGCUAGACUUGAGCGUGAGAAGCACCGUGCAGAGAACAAAAACAACCUACGUGAAGUUGCUAUUUUAUCAAACCUGCUUGGUCAAGAGUUACAGAAAAUUGGAGACUAUGAGGGAGCAUUAGCCCAGCACCGAGAGGAAGGAUCUCUGUGUGAAGCUCUUGGUGAUACUAUAGGAGUUGCAGUCUCCCAUCGGAGGAUGGGAGAAGUCUACUGUGAGAUGGAACAGUGGAAGAAAGCUCUUCAACACCAGCAUCGUCAUUUAGCACUGGCUAAGGAAGCAGAAAGUUUAGUCGAAGAGCAGCGAGCUUAUGCUACUAUUGGUCGUACUCACUUGCAGAGAGCUGAGGAGUCUGGAACUAGUGAACGAAAUGAGGAGCAAAUUACAGCUUUGUCUGAAGCUGAAAAAGCAUUCUUGCGAUCUCUGUCAACAUGUGAGCAACUUAAAGGAGCGGUUGAUGCUCGAGAACAUAGUCAGAUGCGUUGUCGAUUGUAUUUAAAUUUAGGGUUAGUGUUAGAUUAUAGAGGGAAUGUCAAAAAGGCUCAAGAUUUUAUUGGUCAGGCUUUAGAACUUUGUUCAGCUCAUAGUCUCCAUGAAGAUGCCCAGAGAUGUCACUCUGCAUUAGGUGUUAUCCUCCUUCGAGAGGGUAUCUUAACAGAGGCGCUACAAGAAGGUAAAAAGUCUUUGGCUUUGUCAACAAAACUUCAUGACAAAGCUCUGCAGUGUGAGUGUAAUUUAUUUUUAGCACACGUUCAUCUUGCUAACACUGACUAUGAAGCAGCGAAACGGUGUUUAUAUAAAGCCUACAAGCUGAAGCAUCCACAUUUAGAAGAUAGGCAACGUAUUGAAAAGAAUUUGAAAACUGUAGUAAGCCUCUGCACAACUGAAGAUUCUCUAUUAAUUUCUGGGGAAGCUGAAGGAGAGGAAAAGCUGAAGUUGUAUGAAAAAUUAGGUGAUGGAUCAGCAACUCUUUGUCUCUAUUCUCAAGCUCUGGAGUAUUACCAUAAAAUGUUGGAUCUAGCUCUGAAACUAGAUAAAAGCCCAUCAUUCCUUGCUCCUGUGUAUUUAUCCUUAGCACAAACAUAUUUUGAUAAAAAACAAUACAAGGAAGCUAAAGAUUACUAUAUGAAAGAAUUUAAUAUCAAGGUUAGGGAGGACUAUAGUGAGGCUUGCAAAACACUGAUCAGUAUAGCUGAUACCUGUGAAGCAUUGGGGGAAAAAUAUGAGACAGUUUGCCUAAAUUAUGAACGAGCUAAAGAACUGGCAGUAAAGGCUAACAAUCCCAAACUUGAAGCUUAUAUUUUGCGUUUACAUUCUUCAUUGAAAGGAAUCCCAGAGUCACUAAAAAUGGAACUAAAAGAAGAAAUAAAUAAGCUUAUUGAAGAAAAUGGUUUAGACCCAGAACUGGAGUUAAGUGAGGAAGAGGAAAGUGAAAAUGAGGUUGAUCUGGACAUGAUAUACAUCUCUGAUAGUGAUACAGAGCAGGAGAAUUUUGAUAGACCACGGCAUUUGCGCCAGAAAAAAGCAUUUGCUGUUAAGAGAAAUGAUAAAGGGGAGACUCCUUUACACAAAGCUUGUAUAGAUGGCAACUUGAACAUGGUUAAAAAACUUCUUCAGCAAGGUCAUCCAGUGAAUCCGAGGGAUAAUUGUGGCUGGCUUCCUAUUCAUGAAGCUGCAAAUCAUGGUUUUUAUGACAUUGUUCUUAUAUUAAUAGAAGCUGGUGCCUGGAUCAGUGAUCGUGGGGGGCAACAAUGUGAUGGCAUCACUCCGAUCCACGAUGCUGCAUCCUGUGGAAAUUUUGAAGUUGUAAGAUUAUUGAUGAACAAAGGAGCAUCAGUCAUGUCCAAGACUGAUGAUGGUGACACACCACUUGAGAGUCUGAUCAAGUACAGAAUGAGAACAAAGCUGUCACAAGCUGAAAUAGAUGAAUGUAUUAUUUUGGAGAAUGAAUUAAAGGAAAAAAUGGAGUUAACCGGUCAUGGAGUAUCAGAGUUAUAUGAAAAUUCCACGAGUCAGCUUGAUAAAACUGGAUCAUCUAGGUUAGCAAGAAAAACAAAUGAUGGGGCAUCCUCAUCACAUUCAAGGAUGAGAGCUGUCAAUAAUAAAAGUGAGUUCUCAAAAAAUAGUUCACAUAGAGAAAAAGCCAAAUCAUCAUAUCUGCAUAGAUCAAAUGAAGAAGCCUCUUCAGUGAAGGGUAGUAGUAGUAGUGCCAGUGAUCAUGAUGGGGACAAUGAAGAUGACCUACACAAUGUAUUACUUAGCUUGACUGAGAAAGAGGUAGCAGAGCCAGCAGAUUGUGUAGUCAGCAAGGAAAAUGAUGAUGAUAAGGACGAAGAUUUUUUUAAUCCUUUGUUAGACGAUUCACAUAAAACAUCUGCGACUGGAACGUAUCUUAAUGCAAUAAACAGUGUGGGGAGCGCUGCACGUAGAGCUGAGCUCCAGAGAAGUUCCACAAGUGGACUGAAGCUCAGCAAAAGUAAAAAAAAUGCUCUUGUCUCAGAAGAAGAGGAUGUUGGAGAUAACUGGCUUGAUGAUGAUUUAGGUAUCUUUACAAAGAAGAGAAAAAGGAUGGAAAAAUUUGAGUUUGAAUAUAAAGAACCGAGGAAAGAGAGAAAAAUUUUGACUGAAAAAAAUCCCAUAGUAAAAUCACUUUCCCUUUCAAAAAAGGUCCGGCAGACAAAGUUGACAUCAAUAGUCCAACAGUAUUCAGGCAGAAUUGGUACUUCAAACAAACCUGAGAAUGAGGCUGUGAGUGAGUUAUCUGAAAGCAAUGUAAAUAUAACAGACAUAAAUGUAGCCAUAGGUUCAUCUAUCAUUAAUAAAAGUGAGAGCCCAAAUAACAUUAAUACCAGAACACCAGUUGUGGGUGGCAAUGCACUUCGCUUAAGAGUUCGUGUGCAGAAUCGUGUUUUAUUAGUACCUGUGGCAGGUGCUGGCCAGGAUCGCACUGUAGGAUGGUUGGCAGAAGAAGUUACUCGAAGGUAUUAUCAACUAGCAGGGUUGCGUCCCCAUCUCACUCUGACUACACAAGAUGGGGCUGUUCUUGAUUCUAAUGACCCCAUAUCUCUUGUUCUGCCCAAUGAACAAAGUGAACUACAGGCACAAGUUAAAGGAUGGGAUCUUCCACCCCUGCCUGACCGCUAUUCUCAGGCUUGUCAAGCACUUGGUUGCAUUCCUGUAUCAUCUCUAAACUCUGUUCUUUACCGUACAGAGGCGUCAACUAAUCUGGAUUUGAGUCGUGGUGGACGGUUAGCUGUAGCACAGUUGCAGCCUGUGCUAAGAGCUAUCCAGUGUCAACAGAAUUUACGUUGCCUUAAUAUUGCAAAUUGCCGGCUUGGAGAUGAUGGUUUUCAUUAUUUAAUGGAGGCUUUACCAUCAUUACCUUCCUUAGAGGUUUUAGAUCUUAAAUCCUCAGCUUUAACAACAUCUAGUCUUCUUGAGCUUACUGAAGCUAUCACUAUGGAUAAAUUAUCUUUAAAAUCACUCGGUUCUCUUGAUCUUAGUUACAAUACCUUUCCUGGAGCUAAAGUGUCACAUAUUAAAACAUUACUUAAUCUACCUGUGCUAAAUGUUUUAUCAUUAAAACAUUGUUGUCUGUCACUAACUGGAGAACAGCAGCUACCUUUAGUUACCUCAUCUCUCAAGACUUUAAAUUUAGAUUAUAAUACAAUAUACAGUGUAGCUUUAACUUCUCUUUUAUCUUGUCUACCUCAAGUUUCAGUUAUAACUCUAAGUGGAUUAAACUGCAAAAGAGAGACACCAGAAGCAAGUACUCGCUUAGGCAUGGCUCUGUCAGGGGUGCUGGGUGCUGGGAAGGAGUGUCUGAUACAGCAUCUUGAUUUAAGCUCUUGCAACCUAGUAGAUGCUGACCUGGAGGAUAUAUCUGCUUACUUAUAUCGAUGUCCUAAUCUGACUUCUAUUAACUUGGCUCACAAUCCAUCUCUUACAUCAUCAUCUAUCAAUACACUUCUCAAUGAACUGACUACAAAUAUUAUCCUUCCACUCACAACCUUGAAUCUUCAUGGUAAUUCAUCUUUCCCAUCUGAUCUGAAAAGCAAAAUCGCCUCUGCCUUAAAACACAAAGCUGCCACAGCGCACACUAUAACAAACCUCUCCUUAUCAACUGUUGAUGCAGACACUGUAAUAGAAGACAUCUGGAAGUCUCAAUAUCAACACAGAGCUUCCAUUACAAAAAUUGGAAAGGAACUAUUUCUUUCAUGCUGUGACUAAUGAAUUUUAUUAUGCUGUAAACUAGACGAGUAAAAACUUUAUUCUGAUUCUUAAAUAAUUUAUUAAUGCAUUAUUUUAAUAAAAGAGCUUGUGCACUAUAAUAUUUCUUUUUUUCAACUUGUGUUUAUUGCCAUAUUUUAGCCUUGUCCAGAUGUUUAAUUCUUCAUAAUAUAAACUAUGU